UUUCAAAUGGACCCAUGCCUUGUCUUCUCAAUACCUCCCCCUCCAUGAUUUGAUUUUCAAUUUUCCAUUUUUUUCAUUUUCCCAUCUCUCUUCAAUUAUAUAUCUUCAAAUUCCUUUCUCUGUUCUUUAGAAAACUCAUCUUAAUUAUUUGCUAUAUUAAUCUGAUGUCUAAUGAUCAGCAGAUUAAGGGAAGAUCUGAAAUAGGUGAAGGAUCAUCAAGGGGUGGCCGAGGUGGAGGAUCAGGAGGAGGAGGAGGAGUAGGUGGUGGUGGCGGUGUACUUCUACCUUCUGAUUCACAAUCAGCACCGGCAGCACCACCUCAACUAAGCCGAUAUGAGUCACAGAAGCGGCGUGAUUGGAACACUUUCGGACAGUACUUGAAGAACCAAAGACCACCAGUGGCUUUGUCUCACUGUAGCUACAGUCAUGUACUAGAUUUCCUUCGGUACCUCGAUCAGUUUGGAAAGACUAAGGUUCACUUACAAGGUUGUGUAUUUUUCGGUCACCCUGAUCCAGCUGGCCCUUGUACUUGCCCACUUAGGCAAGCUUGGGGCAGCCUUGAUGCCCUUAUAGGGCGUCUUCGUGCAGCUUAUGAAGAAAAUGGUGGAUUGCCUGAAAUGAACCCGUUUGCUAGUGGAGCAAUACGUGUUUACCUACGUGAAAUUCGUGAUUCGCAAGCCAAAGCAAGAGGAAUUCCUUAUAAGAAGAAAAAGAAGAAGAGAAACACUCCGAUUCUAAAAGCAAACGAAGAAUCAUCAAGUUUCCGAAUGCAGCAAUCAUGAUGUCUGGUUCUUCUUCUUCUUCUUCAAGAAACUUCAAGAAACUGGUGGACAUGAACAUAAAAGAUUUCAAGCUCUCAAUAUAAAUCAAGGACUUCCAGUAGAGUUGAUACAGCUUCUGGUACUCCAUUGAGGCAAAACGCCUCCAUUUCUAGAGCUGUGGUUUGGGUAUGAUGCUAUAUAAGUAUAUUAAUAAAGAGAUAAGCUAUUAUUUAUAAAUAUUUAUAUUUCAGCAAAGCAAAGAUAAUUAGUCGAUAGAUCUAUAUAUUGUCGAUAUUAAAUGUUUUUUAUUUAUUAUAUUGGGAAAUGCAGGUUUUUGAAGCUUA